AUCGAAGUUAAUGAUUUUUUUGGAAGAACAUAUCGCUCUAGUAAUUGACCGAUUGAUUUCUCGAUAAUUUUUCAACUCGUGUGGGCAAACAUAUAUCUCAGCUUUUUGAGGUAAUGAUAAAUGUUUAGUCGUGGGUUCUAUACUUUCUGUGCUUAUAUUCCCGGAGACUUUCAUAUCCCCAGACAACGAGGUCUUACCCAGGGGCACGAGCACUCGGUGUUCGGCCGGUGAAGGGAACAGAUCCCCUGGAUUUCACUCAGUGCGCGUGUGAAAUUUUAAACAAUUUCUUCAUUAUAUUAUUUACAUAAUUUCCAACUUUCCGAGGUUAUUGAGCAUAAUUUUGCCCGGGUGAUUGUUCCCGCUGUGAUAUCGCAUCAUAAAACAUAAAAAAUUUAUAAUAAAUGUUGAAUGGAACGAGAGCGCUGAUAUUUUGCAAAUUUCGAUCAAUUUUCUACCCAGAGAUUGUUUGAGAGGAACCAUGGGGACUCUGAUGCCUGAGGAGGAUCUGGAAAAUCGCUGAAACAUUAAAAUCAUUCGGUUAACAAGUGAAAGUUGGAGCUCCAGUUGAAACUUCAGUGUAUUUGUUUUUUUUAUUCACUGACGUUUUAUCGGAAAAUAUCAGAGGUUAACAGAGAGGAGUCACCAGGAAUUUGAGUGAAGUGCUGAUAAUCUUGGAGACCUGUAAGAUAAAUGCCAGAUACCAGAAGAUGAUCGUUCUCUUCGGGGUACUGUCCCUCCUCGGGAUUCUACCGUUGCAGGCACAAGCAGCAGUAAAAUGCGGCCACCCAGCGGUGCCAAUGAACUCUAAGGUAUCGCUGUCAGACGAUUCUCUGUCAUCCACAACAAUAGCAACUUACACCUGUGAUGCUGGUUACGAGCUCUUCGGGCAAUCCACCUUGACAUGCAGUAACCGAGGGCGAUGGCAGGGGGAAUUACCGUUCUGCGGGACAAAUGUUGGAUUUCGCAAGCCAGCGAAUCAAUCAACAACCGUUAGAGGUGGUGACGCUGGUCAUGGUAAUGAUGGUGAUGUUGGAACUGAGCACGAUGGAAAGAGAUGUACAGAGACGCAGAGGGAGCCAAGCCCCUGGUGGAGAGUUGAUUUGCUCAAGCCUUACGCUGUGAAAGUCGUCAGGGUGACGACCAGGGGCUGUUGUGGUCAUCAGCCACUUCAGGACAUUGAAAUUAGAGUUGGAAAUAGCAGUGGGGAAUUACAGAGGAAUCCACUUUGCGCAUGGUUUCCUGGGACAAUUGAGGAAGGCAUCACGAAGACUUUCGCCUGUGCCAGAGCUCUCGUUGGGCAAUACGUUUUCCUUCAACUUGUCGGGGUUGAGGGCAGCCUGAGUCUAUGCGAAGUCGAAGUCUUUGCAACAGAUGAAUUCUCGGUAGACAGAUGUGCACAUGCUGGAACACCAGCCGACGCUGAUCUCGCUGCAUUCAAUUCCACUUGUUACGAAUUCGCGGUUACCAAAGGUGGAUCCUUCCAGGAUGCCAGGAACUACUGCAAAUCCAGGAGUGGUGAUCUCGUUCAUGGGUUCAAGGGAAUUGCGUCGACAUUCAUCCUGAAUAAUCUCGAAAGGCGAAAAGACAAACUGAAGACUCUAUUAGUCUGGAUCGGGGCGCAGAAAGAGGCAUCGAUAACAGCAAGAACUUGGCGAUGGGUCGAUGGAGAGACUGUGCAUAAACCGUCAUGGGGAAAGGAUCAGCCAAAUAAUUACAAUGGUGAGCAGAAUUGCGUGGUGCUCGAUGGAGGUAGAAGUUGGCUUUGGAACGAUGUUGGAUGUAAUUUGGAUUAUCUGCACUGGAUUUGUCAAAGCAAGCCCUCGGUUUGCGGAAGCCCCGAGAAACUCGAGAACACGACAAUCUCAGGGUUGAAACGAUCGAUAGGUUCAGCGAUCGAUUACACGUGUCCAGAUGGCCACAUGCUGGUGGGUGCCAAAUCCAGGACAUGUGAACCGAAUGGCUUCUGGAGUGGAGAUCCACCCUCCUGCAAAUUUGUGGACUGCGGAGCACUUCCUGAGUUCGAAAAUGGUCAGAUUACUCUCGUCAACAAGCGAACGACCCAUGGGGCUUUCGCGGAUUACACUUGCAAGAAAAAUUACACUCUAGUUGGAGAUGCCAGGAGAAGAUGUGGAGACGGUGGGAUCUGGAGUGGACACCAGCCCCAGUGUCUCUUCGAUUGGUGUCCGGAUCCCCCGGAUGUCACUGGUGGUGUUGUCACAACGACUGGUAAACGUGCUGGAUCAACAGCCACUUACACCUGCCAGAAUGGAUUCAUUCUUUUCGGCGACAACAUACUGGCAUGUGAAAUCGGUGGGGAAUGGUCUGGUAAAGCCCCUCAAUGUCGAUUCGUCGACUGUGGAGCACCAGCGCAAGUUGAAUUUGGCAGUGUUGAGUUGGUCAAUGGAAGUACAACAGUGGGGAGUACUAUUUUGUACUCGUGCCAGCAGGAUUAUUGGCUCGUGGGUGAGCGAAAGCACGAGUGCACCAAAGAGGGCAAAUGGAGUGACGAGACACCAUCUUGCGAGUUGAUCACGUGUGAGGAGCCUGAGAUACCACCAGGGAGUUAUGUCGUUGGUUACGACUUGAAUGUUCAUAGCUCGAUUCUGUAUCAUUGCGAGUCUGGGUAUUUGAUGCAUGGGGAGGCGAGACACACUUGCGAGAGGAAUGGGGAAUGGUCUGGACAAGUUCCAACAUGUGAAUAUAUCGAUUGCGGGAAAGUUCUGCCGGUUCCUAAUGGGGCUGUCGAGUACGUGAACAGUACGACGCACUUGGGAAGUGAAAUAACGUACAGUUGUACUCGGAACUAUCGAUUGAACGGUGUAAUCAGGAGGUACUGUCUCGAUAAUGGACAGUGGAGUGAUGCAACACCAAAAUGUGAAGAGAUCCGGUGUCCUGAACCUGUUCUUGCGGAACAUGGAAUUCUCUCGGUGACUGGCAACGAUCGAAUGUACGGCAGGACACUGAUCAGAACCGGAACUGCUGAGAAUUCAAAUACUGGUGCAACAUCGUAUAAAAUCGGUGCACUAGCUAAGUACAGGUGCGAGAGGGGGUACAAGGUCGUCGGUGAGCCACUGUCAACGUGCGAGGACAAUGGGAAAUGGAGUGGUGAUGUGCCACGGUGUAUUUUCGUAGACUGCGGAAAGCCGGAAAACACGCAACACGGUCACUACACCCUGACAUCAAACGCGACAUACUACGGUGCAGCUGCAAUUUACGAGUGUGAUGGUAAUUACGAGCUCGAUGGAUUCGCCAGACGUCUCUGCCUGGAGAAUGCCACUUGGAGCAGUGAGAUGCCAAUUUGUCGGGAAAUAAGGUGCAAAGAUCCGGAAAAAGUAAUUCCACUGGAAACCCAAGUGUCAACCCACAGUGUAGGAGGAGUUGCCCAUUACAGUUGCCCCCGUGGGUACUACAUGGAGGGAAAUGGCACACGUAUAUGUCUCCAGAAUGGCUCCUGGAGUGGAUCCAUGCCAGCCUGUUUCGCGUUCGACUGCAAGCAUCCGGGCCCCAUAGACAAUGGACGAGUUAUCGUGGUGAAUGGAUCAACUCUUUUCAGUGGAGCUGCUGAGUAUCAUUGUUUGCCGCAGUAUGAGAGGAUAGGACCGUUCCUGAGGAAAUGCCUUGAGACCGGCAUGUGGAGUGGCGAAGAGCCCAAAUGCGAGAUGGUCUCGAACGAAGUGGCGGAACAACAGGGGGUUGGUACGAGUGUUGGAAUCGGAGCUGGUGUUAUCAUUAUCAUCUUGAUAAUCCUAGGGCUCGUUUAUCUUCGAUUGCGAAAAGCAACUCCAGUGAAAAACACUGAGAAUGUUCAAGCCGCGGAGAGGAAAGAGGAUCAGAAUGCCGCGGUCAUGUCGUACGCGAGUUUGAAUGAUGGGACGCCAAAUAGAAUGUACGAAAAUGUUCCUGAGGAUGGGCUCUACGAUAAUCCGUACAGUGUUAACAGUAGUGCAUAUGGAUACGCCAAUGGCAGAAGAGGAUACAACAGAUCUGGACACUACGAGGCCGAACCAGCGCCGAGGAAUGGCAUCACCAUAAAUGGUGUAUCCGUUCGAUAAUUUUUCAUCACAAAAAA